AUGGCAUUCAUGCCUCUCGGAAUACCGCUUUUGCGGCGGGUCAUGCAAAGUGGAUCGAAACAAGCAAAAUAUUCGAUAUUACUACAGAAAUCUAUGACUUAUAAAAGUGCGAUUUCCCUAGACACUUUGUAUCCCAAUAGUUCCUUGAAGCUCGCAACUCCAGCUUUUACUCCUAAUCCAGAUGAGAAAUUCACAGGUCACAUACCACUCAACAAGGUUGAUAUUCAUUACAGUGCUAGCUCUGGACCUGGAGGUCAAAACGUCAAUAAAGUGCACACAAAAGUGGACCUCAGGUUCAAAUUGGAUGAAGCUGACUGGAUUCCCACAGAUAUUAAGCAGAAAAUGUUAGAAAUACAUGGUAAAAAGUUAACAAAAGAGGGCUAUCUAAUUAUACGCUCUGACACCACUCGCUCGCAACAACUUAAUUUAGCAGAUUGUCUGAGAAAGCUUCGUGUUAUGAUUCGUAAUGCAACUUUUACUGAAAGUAAACCAGACCCUGAGACUGAAGAGAGGAUUAGACAAAGGCACUUAAAAUCGGCGCGGCUGCGCGUGAGCAUGAAACGAGAGGAAGCUUACAAGCGAGCUUUGAAACGACCACCUACUGUUGUCGAUUUAUGA